AGUGAACGACACGACACACAGCGACACAGAGCAACUGCACACUUCAGCCGCAGGCACUGGAUGCGUUAUUACACUUUCUAGAUAUUUCAUCCAAUAGCUAUUUAAUAGCUAUUUAUUGUUGUUGUUUUUAUAUAUAUUGCUUGUGUAGUUAAAUAGAGCUCAGCUGAUUUCAUAUUCGUGGAUUCCUGAUUCCUCAAAUGGAUGUUCCUCCAGAGAUCAGUGUUUUUAUUCUGUCUCUGACAGCACCUUUUAUUCUCUACACAAUCAACCAUGUGUCCUUCCUACAAGAUCCACAGGUUAUACUGGCAAUAGGCAUUAUGGUUCUUACAACAAUAUUCCUCCUGGCAAACCUCAGCGUCAAGAGUAAAAAAUCCACCGACCCGCUCUUCUACGUGUUUGCUGUGUUUUCCUUCACCUCUGUUGUCAGUAUCACCAAUGCACUGCAGCACCACGGAUUUAUCAAGGGCUUCAUGGACUUUUAUAUAAGCAAGGUGGAGCCGUACCUGAACACAGCCCACGGCAUCAUGAUGAGCUACUGGGACGGAGUCCUUCACUACGGUCUGCUCCUCAUCAUGGUCCACCGCAUGACUGCAGGCAAGCCGUUUCGCAGUUUGGCUCUCGUAUGGGCCGGAUCCAUGAUCGCCAGUCAGAUCGUCUUAAUCACAGGCGUUGUAGUAGGUAAAUAUGGAAAAAACCUCCUCCCUGCUUUCUGGCGAAAUGCCCCUUCUCUGGUUUUACCCAUAUGGGUGGUGGCAAAGUUUUUCAACAGGCCGAGAGAGCCGUCAAUCAUUCCUGCUGACAAGGUGGAGGUGGAGCAGAAGAAAACGCUGCUGUCUCGUCCCACAGACCUGCUGCUCACGCUGGGCCUCAUGGGAAGCAUCAUCUUCACUGCGUUCAGAGGCUUUGUUGUUCUUGAAUGUUCUCUGGAUUUUUGUUUUACCUACAUCUUCCAGUACGAGCCGUACAUGAAAGACAGCGUCGGCUUUCCAAAAGUCACAAUGCUGGUGUUCCUCUUUUAUGUUUUGCCGCUCCUGACGGCGUGUGUUUAUGGGCUUCACGCUCCCGGAUGCACAUGGAUGUUGGACUGGACUCUGGUUCUUGCAGGAGCUGUAGCUCAGAUGCAGUGGACUCACCUGGGCGCGUCUGUUCACUCGCGCACACCGUUCACCUACAGGAUCCCCAAAGACGAGUGGAGGCAGGUGGUCACGCUGAACCUGCUGUACACAGCCGUGCCCGUCCUCCUCGCCGUCCGCUGCUACAUGGACCAAACCUUCUUCAUGAAGAGCGUUCCUCAGGAGCAGGCCAGCAACGGCAAGAAGAAGAAUUAAAACCAUCAGCAUUCACACGCAAGAACAUGCAUGCGUCCUCUUUACAGGAGAGAGACUCCGCUGUCAGCUGAAACCACCAGAGAUUAUUUGUAAAAGCAUCAAUAUAUCAGUGACUAUAUCUGUAUCUGCCAAUAUUAGUGGUUUUGAAAUGUCCAGCAAAGCCUUUCUGUCUGAUUAGGCUGACGUUUCGCUAACGUUCCCAUCAAGUUCAAACGUUCAAAACGUCCAGUUAAAAAUGUUACGUUAAUGGAACAUUCCAUUGUAUCACUUUGCAACAUUAAGGAAAUGUUACUUUUGAAUGUUCUAUGAAAAUAUAAUAU